AUGCCUCAAAGACACUCUAAAAAUAACAACGAUUUAGCUUUUUUCACGUACGAUGAGAAGAAAAAGUUAGGUUAUGGGACGCAAAAGGAGAGACUUGGAAAGGAUUCGAUCAAGCCAUUCGAUGCUUGCUCUCUCUGCCUGAAACCAUUUAUAGAUCCAAUGUCUUGUCAAAAAGGUCACGUGUUUUGUAAAGAGUGCAUAUUAGAGUGCCUCUUAGCCCAAAAGAAAGACAUUCAAAGGAAGCUAGCUGCCCAUGAAUUACAGAAGAAGCAGGAAAAGGAGGAGGAAGAAGAGAAGUUAAUAUUGCAGAAAGCCAGAGAGCUUGAUGCGUUCGAUCAGCAAAAUCACGGUGCAGUUCCACAGUACAGCGAUAGAAACCACAGCCAAGACAAGAAUUGUUUCCAUGGGGCAAACAGUGUAAAGGUCACUUCAUAUGAAGAGGAAGCUCUCCGGACAAUGAAAGCAUUUUGGCUGCCCUCAGCUACACCAGAUGCUCCAGUUAAAGUGGACAUCCCUUCCACAAGUACCGUUUGCCCAGAAGGCAAGGAAAAGCUGAAGCUGAAGAGCCUGUUCCCUGUCUACUUUACAGAAGACACUAGUGAAAAGAAAUCAUCCAGUUAUCUCGAUAAGACCUACAUUUGUCCUAGCUGCAAGGUUACUCUCACCAACUCACUAUCACUGGUCGCACUUAGUUCCUGUGGUCAUGUCUUCUGCAAGAAGUGUGCGGACAAAUUUAUGGCUGUCGAUAAGGUUUGUCUGGUUUGCAGUAAGGGUUGUAAAGAGCGUAAUUUGGUGAACUUGGAAAAAGGUGGAACAGGCUUUGCCGGUCAUGGGGAUCAUCUUAUGGCAACAGACUUCAAGCAUUUGGGUAGUGGUUCAGGAUUGGGACUCGUGAGACCAGCCACGAAGACUUGA